CUGACCGACGCCAUCUUCGAGGAGAUAAAGGGCCGCCAGCAGCCGGACCUGGCCAGCGUCCCCUGGAAGGACGGCCAGUGGUAUUACCAGUGGAAAUUCGCCGAGGAGAGCCAGUACCGCAUCUGGCUGCGCUGGCCCGCCCCGUCUUCCGAUGAAACGCAACCCAACGCACGGGAAGCGCCCACCUCCGACGUGGAGAUCCUGCUGGACGAACCGGUGCUGGCCGAAGGCCUGGAAUACUUCCGCCUGGGUUCCCUUGCGGUGAGCAACGGUGGGUCGCUGCUGGCGUACGCCACCGACACCGACGGCUCCGAGCGGUACAGGCUGGUUAUCAGGAACCUGGAGACCGGCGAUCUGCUGCCCGAAGAAAUACCGGGGACCAUUGGCCGGGUGGUCUGGUCUGCCGACGACUCGUCCCUGCUGUACACGGUGGUAGACGAUAACUGGCGGCCCUGGCAGGUGCGCCGCCACGUCCUGGGCCAGCCGGUGGAUCAGGACACCAUAGUCUAUGAGGAAAGCGACCCCGGCUUCUUCGUGGGUAUCGGGGAGUCCGCUUCAAAGGAAUACAUCAUCAUCGGCGCCGGCGACCACGUUACCUCCGAGGGCGACCGGUUCAUCAUCAAGACCAACGACACCCACAAGAACGCCCGGCUGGCCACCGCUCCCCAGGACGACCCCACCGAGCAGGCGUGGGAGCCCCUGGUGAACGCCUCGGACACUCACUACAUCCGCGGCUUUGAGACUUUUCAGGACUUCAUCGCUGUGGAAGUGCGCAUUGACGGCCUGGACCACGUGCAGCUGAUGUGGCGGGACGGCGAAUCCAGCACCGUCUUUGACUAUCACCUGGACACGCAGGAACUGGAAGUCAGGCAGGUGCAGGAGGUGCCCAGCGGUUAUGAUGCCUCCGAGUACGUUACGGAAAGGCUGCUGGCCCCGGCGCGGGACGGCGUUGAGGUGCCCGUGUCCAUCGUCCGGCACAAGGAUACCCCGGUGGACGGGUCGGCUCCCCUGUACCUGUACGGUUACGGCGCCUACGGGUAUGCCAUUCCACCGUCAUUCUCCACCACGCGCCUGUCCCUGCUGGACCGUGGGUUCAUCUACGCCCUGGCCCACAUCCGCGGCGGAGACGACCUGGGGUACCACUGGUACGAGGCCGGCAAGCUGGACCGGCGCACCAACACGUUCAACGACUUCGUGGACGUGGCCCGCCACCUGGUUGACCAGGAUUAUGUUGCGGAGGGGCGCAUCGCCAUUGCGGGAGGCAGCGCCGGUGGGCAGUUGAUGGGCGCGGUGGUAAACCAGGCGCCGGAUUUGUGGGGAGCGGUGGCGGCUCACGUACCCUUUGUCGACGUGCUGAACACCAUGCUGGACGAUACCCUGCCCCUGACGCCCAUCGAGUGGCCCGAGUGGGGCAAUCCCAUUGAGGACGAAACGGUAUUCGAGUACAUCCGCUCCUACUCUCCCUACGACCAGUUGAUGGCGAAAGAAUAUCCACCGAUACUGGUGACGGCGGGGCUGAACGACCCCCGGGUGACCUACUGGGAGCCUGCCAAGUACGUGGCCAAGCUGCGGGCCCUGAAAACCGACGAUAACCUGGUGCUGCUGAAGACCAACAUGGGCGCCGGACACGGGGGCAGGUCGGGCAGAUACGACCGUCUCUACGAGGUGGCAGAGGAGUACGCCUUUAUGCUGGUGGUGAUGGGGUUGGUGGAGUAG